CAUUGAACUUCAAACUGUUAUGGUACUCAAGCAAUGAAAGACUUUAUUUUAGAGUUAAUAUUUUUACUGCCACUUGUAGGAGUGAUUUAUUCUGAACAUUUUCCAAGAAUAGCAAUUAUUGGAGGGGGAAUAGGAGGAACAUCUGCAGCCCAUUUUGUGAGAAAUUUAUUCCAGAAUCAAAAAUGUGAUAUUCAUUUAUAUGAGCCUUCCAACAUUGGUGGAAGACUAGCCACAGUAGAAAUUUCAGGAAGAAAAUAUGAAGCUGGAGGAUCCAUCGUUCAUGAGAAAAAUUUCUAUAUGAAAAAUUUAAGUGAAUCACUUGGUCUGAAAAGAAGAGAUCCUGUAUCUGGUUUAUUAGGAAUAUAUAAUGGAAAAGAAUAUGUUUUUAAAGAAACUAAAAAUCAAGCUGUAAAUAUUGGAAAAUUGCUUUGGCGUUAUGGAUGGAGCAUUAUUAAACUUUGGUUUUGGAUUAAAUCAAUGUUGGAUAAUUUUGUAAGAUGA